UGGUGCUCACUCCGAGGCUUUUAUCUUUGUACGUCGUCGUUGUUAUAAUUGAAUUCAAUUUGCCAGCGAAUCGGUUCAGCAAAUAUUACUCACGACUUAAUCGAUCGAGUGUGUGAUUUUUUUUUAUUGUUUUUCCUAACUGUGCAGGUUUAAAAACGAAACUCUGGACAGUGCUUAACUCAAAAUAAACUACAUAAAAUAACCAAGCCACCCGAGUGCCAAGUGCUGAUUCCUGCUCUUUGCUCGCGUGCCAUGCGUGACCUCGGCACCAAAAUGGCCGAGCUAAAAUUCGAGGCUCCCCUGGCAAAGUUCGAGGAGACAGAUGAGUGGGGCGGCUGUGACUUCAUCUCUAACCAGAACGCCCUCAAUGACACGCUUAACCUGAACCUGAAGGAGGUCAGUGUGGGCAGAAAGCCAGAUGCCUCCAAGCUUCGCCUCCUUGAAGAUGCGGUCCGUGACGCGCAUAUCAGCAAGAACGGCGGCGUCGGCAGUAGCGCCGGGACCAUCAGUCCCAAUUGCAAUUCUUUGUUGAGCGGAUCCGUCACCGAUCUGGGCGUCUCCGACGCGGGCCUGGUGCCUGGCGACGGAGAGGGGCUGGACAAACCGUCGGCGGCCCAAGGGGAUCAUGUGGACAACUUCACAGAGACAUUCGGCGGCAGCCUGGAGGAUCUGGUCAACACGUUCGACGACAAGAUAACUAAGUGCUUCGGCAACUACGAGGAGAACGUCGAGGAGCUGGCCCCGGUGCAGGUGCGCAGCCAGGAGGAGAUCAUGAAUGAAUGCCAAAUGUGGUGGACCAUCACUGGAAACUUUGGAAACAUUCUGCCCAUCGACUGGUCCAAGUCGUAUACCCGUCAGAUGCACAUGCCCACACUCAACCUGGGCCAGAACCACACAAAGCAGCAGCAGCAGCAGCAGCAGCAUCAGCGCAAUCAGCACCAGCUCCAGAAACACCAGCACUCGUAUCCACACACUCCAGGCGGCGACGAGUUUAACGAUCUGGCCAGUGAGGACGAGGCGGUAGCCAACGACUUGGACAUGCAUGCGCUGAUCCUGAACGGCCUGAACGGGGACAUCGACGACCAGCCCAUCAAGACGGUCGAGGAGGUCAUCAAGGAGAUUGACGACAUCAUGGACGAGGCAGAGAGUCCCUUGGAUGAGCCCGACACCUGCGAGUCGGAAGUCAUAGAGAAGGCUCGCGAAGUGCUUGGGGCGCCCCUGUACGCAGAAAAGCUACAAUAUCUCAGCACAACACAGUUGAACGAACUGUACAUGGAGAUGGAGGUGCUGAUCCAGGAACUGAGCGAGACUCUGAUCAACGAGCUGGCGCUGCGCGACGAGCUCGAGUACGAGAAGGAGCUAAAGAACUCAUUCAUCUCCCUGCUGCUGGCCGUGCAAAACAAGCGUCGACAAUACCACGUUGAGAAGAAGCGUGGCAAGUUCCAGGGUCCCGAGCCCAAAUACUUGACCACUGUUAUUCCGUAUCACCUGGAGAACGGUACGCCCAACAAUCAGUCCCUGCAGGUCCUGAUCAAGAUACUCAAGGCCAUAAAUGAAGACAGCCCCACGGUGCCGGCUCUUCUCACGGACUACAUACUGAAGGUUCUCUGCCCCACAUAAGCGAUGCAACUGCUAAGGAACCCAAUCUAUCGCUUUAUCUCUCUGUCUGUGUUUAUAAAACUAUACCGAACGUCUAUAUACAUACACACGUGCAUAUAAAUAUUAUAAUUUAACGAUUAGAUUUUAUUCUAAACGAUUAUUUUAAUUGCUAUCCGUUUCUGCAAACACUUUCUCAGCCAAUGAAAAUGCUUAGAAGAUAGCCGAUGAGAUUUCCAUAUAUAGAUCAAAUAUGUAACAAAUAUGUAACACAUGUAACACAUACAUACAUAUAUAGACGUAAAUAUCGAAUUAAAUAUUUGCGGAAAGUGUGCUAGACAUAAUUGGCCAGUCCUCGCCACGGCGACUAUUCUCACUUCUCUCGAAUUGAAUCCGCUUGGAAUCCUCUACAGCCAGUAAUAUUUACACUAAAUCGAGUCAUAUUGUUAGAGAGCAGAUUCCAACUAAGCUUAAUAUAUUUACAAAUAUACACAAAUGUAUCUUUAUGUCUAAGGAGGGGAGUGGCAAACUAUCUCUAUUGCACAGAUUGCACAGAUCACAGAGAUCGCAGAGAUCGCAGAGAUUGCACAGAGGAUGUAUAUACUUAUAAACUUAUUGCUUAGUUCAUAUUGAUUCUCGUUGUAUUGAUCGAUCCAAGCGGGACUCUCGUUGUUCGGCAGCAAAUCCCUAGCCUAGCUUGUACCAUAUGUAACUUAUAUGUAUAGAUUGUAAGUUGUGUAUGGCCGCAGACCUCUAGCUGGACAGGGACCUUUCCAUAUGCCGCCGAUUCCACAUGUGUUCGUCGUGAAAUUAUAUAAACCUUAGCGUCAAAUUUGCAUCGUUUGAGACAGGAUUUAGGCUCAAGAGAUUGUUUUCGCAUCAAUUUAUGUUUUUAUAUACAUUAUUUAAGCGUUUUUGUUUUUUUUUUUUUUGCUCAUGGCCAUAAAACGCGUUUUGUUUUGUUCCAAACAAAAGAUUUGAAAGGGAUUAAUAUAAUUUUAAUUUGCAUAGGAAACGCUGUGUUAUUUACUUUUACCAAGCAAGCAUAAAUACAACUAAUAAAUAAAUAAAUAAAGACUACAAAUAAAAACAAAAGAAAAAAAUGUAGUUACAAAGUCAGUCUGGCGCAUAGUACUGUUAUUUUUAUUACGAGGCCUAUUUUUUCUUCUUUAAUUAUUAAGCUACUUUCACACAAAACAAAGAAUCCAAAACAAAAAAUAUAUGAAUAAAUAAAAAAUACAAUUAUAUAAAGGUGGCAUCGUCAAGUCCAACAAGAACAACAUUUAUAUCAUGUAUUACAUUUCAC